ACACAACCAACUUCACACGCUCAACCUUUUCUUUCCGGUUGAAUUUUUGACAGAUCAACAACUAAAAAAAUGGCCAAACGCACCAAGAAGGUUGGAAUCGUAGGUAAAUAUGGUACCCGUUAUGGUGCUUCCCUACGUAAAAUGGUCAAGAAAAUGGAAAUCACCCAGCACAGCAAAUAUACCUGCUCGUUCUGCGGCAAGGAUUCCAUGAAGCGUGCUUGCGUCGGCAUCUGGUCCUGCAAACGCUGCAAGCGUGUUGUUGCCGGUGGUGCCUGGGUUUACUCUACCACCGCUGCUGCUUCCGUACGCUCUGCUGUCCGUCGUCUCCGUGAAACCAAGGAACAAUAAA